AUGGAGACAGUUAACAAGGUUAUCAAUAACGCAUCCCACGCCAUCUGGGGCGACAAUGAUGCUCAAUCUCGACAGGCCCAGCAAUCCCACGAUGAGCCCAUCUCCGGCGUGCAGGGCACAGGUGCUGCCAAUGAUCCUUACGACGCUGGCAACCGAGACGAACAACCCGAUGCCCCCAUUUCAGACCUCAGUACUGCCCCCCAAGAGCCCAAGCUAGACGGUCAACCCCAGAAGAGCAUCCCCCAGCCCGCCGCUAGCUCUACUGUCCAUGAACCCAUCACAACAUCUACUACCGACGCUGUUUCAAACACCGCUACUGCCAAUGCUCCUUCAACCUCCGCUACAACGGGUGCACCUUCAACCUCCGCUACAACGGAUGCACCCUCUUCCACCGCUGCUACUCAUUCCACUUCGAGCACUGCUGCCGCCGGCCCGUCUUCCACCCUGGCCGAAGACACCAGCGCUAGCUCCAAGAUCGAUAGCUCUAAGGUCGACAGCUCCAAGGUCGAUAGCUUCAAGGCCGAUAGCUCCAAGAUCGAUAGCUCCAAGUCCGAGAACAAGGAGCAGCGCGAGGCCGAGGACCCCGAAAAGACCAAGCAACAGAUGGACGCGGGCCGUCGUGGAACGGCUGUGAUCAUGCAGGAUCACGGUGUUAGCAAGGAGGCGCUGAAGGGACCUCAGGAUGGUCACGCGGCGCACACUGCCGCCGAGUUUGAGAAGGAGGGGAAGCAGGGGUCGAAGGGAAAGUCAGAUUCGAAGGGCGAGUCUGCCUCCUCCAAGGAUAGCGAGAAAUCAUCUGGAAGUAAUGGCAAGCAGGGUGCUAUGUCGAAGAUGAAGGAGGGUUUGAAGAAGGUUGUCCACCCCCACAGCAGCAAGCAGUCCACCCAGUAG